AAUGUGCCAAACAAACUGAACUGAAACCAUCACCCAAAAACCGCGAUACAAACUGAACCUUGGGCUUGUUGAACCGUUGCACCACAAAUAUAUACUGUAUUGCUCCACAGACAUAUAGAAAAUAGCAUUUUGACGCUCAGACAUACAUACUUUGACAAAGAUUUGAAUGCUCCCAUUUGAAUACAUAAGGAACACCUCUGGGAAGCUACAUGAUAUAUGAAACUCAUCAUAAUGGACCCGCCCUUUAAAUGAAACGGACAUGAAUGAAACAUAAAGAAUAAACCUAAUUUUCUAACAAAUAUUCCUGUGUCUAUUUAACAAUUGAUUUCAUGCUAGUUAUUUAAAUGGCUCCAGACUCACCUGAGUGUAUCGGCUUUGUGUAUGUGAUGUGUUCAGGCAGCGACUGUUUGAGAACCUGCGGAUGCUGCCUCAUGCUCCUGGAGUGCAGAUGCAGGCCAUCCCGGAGGACGCAAUCCCGGACGACACCGUGGACGAGGACACGGAGGAUCCUGACAAACGCUUGUCCAUUCGUGCCACGGACAAGAGGAUAGCCUGUGAUGAAGAGUUCUCCGACUCUGAGGACGAGGGGGAGGGAGGCAGGAAGAACGUGGCCAAUCACAAGAAGGGUGCAAAAAGGCCCCGAGUGGACGAAGACAAGAAGGAAGGAGAGGAGAAGAAGACCGAGAUAAAAGAGGAAGAGAAAACAAAGGACAUCGGCGCUGAGAAGACUGAGUCUAAAAGGUAAGAGGAGCCUCU